AUGGCGGACGCGCGCGUGAAGGAGGAAGAGGGGAGGUCCCCUCCCCGCGGCCGCGGCCGGUCGCGCUCGCGCUCGCGCUCGCCCCCGCGAGGCGGCGUCAAGCGCGAGAGGUCGCGCUCGCGCUCGCGCUCGCGGUCGUGGUCGAGCCGCUCGCGAUCUCGCUCCGGGCGGCGGCGAUCGCGGUCGCGGUCGUGGUCGAGGUCGCCCCGCCGCCGCCGACGACGACGCUCGCGCUCGUACUCGCGCUCGCGCUCGCGCUCGCGCUCGCCGCGACGACGCCGUCGCGACGACAACCGAGGCGCGCGCGGACCCCCGGCGCGCGUCAAGCCCGAGGCGGAGGAGACGAUCGACGGCGGCGGAGGAGGAGGCGGAGGCGGCGGCGGCGGACCUCGCGAACCCGCGGAGGCGACGGAACGCCCUAACUUUGGUCUGUCCGGCGCGCUGGCGGCGGAGACGAACACCGUGAACGGCGUGGAGCUCGUGUACGUGGAGCCCCCGGAGAAGACGAAACCGUCGUUGAAGUGGCGUUUAUACGUCUUCAAGAAUGGCGAGCUCACCGGCGAACCGCUUCACAUUCACAGGCAGUCGUAUUACCUGUUCGGACGCGAAAGGAAGGUCGUGGACGUCCCGACGGAUCACCCGUCGUGUUCGAAACAACACGCGGUGAUUCAAUACCGCGAGAGAACCAAGUGGGACGACGACGAGGGCGCGGACGUGAAAGUCGCGGUGCCGUACAUCAUGGAUCUGAACUCCACGAACGGAACGCACCUGAACGGCGACCGCAUAGAGCCGCAGAGGUACUACGAGCUCCUGGAGAAGGAUACCAUCAAGUUUGGGAUGAGCACGCGGGAGUACGUGCUCCUGAACGAAGACUCGAAAUAG